GGAGCGCCCUGAACCCAGCCAGGAAGAGGAGGAGGAGGAGGAGCGCGCCAGCCGGCCAGCCGGCCGGCCUCCAGCCAUGGGGAGCAAGGGGCAUUAUCGGUACCAUUGGCAGAGCCACAAUGUCAAGCACAGUGGCGUGGACGAUAUGGUGCUUCUUUCCAAGAUCUCCGAAGACUCCAUUGUGGAGAACCUCAAGAAACGCUACAUGGAUGAUUAUAUAUUCACAUACAUCGGAUCGGUGCUGAUCUCUGUGAAUCCAUUCAAGCAGAUGCCGUACUUUGGAGAGAAAGAAAUUGAAAUGUACCAAGGAGCUGCUCAAUAUGAAAACCCACCACAUAUCUAUGCUCUAGCGGACAAUAUGUACCGAAACAUGAUCAUUGAUAGGGAGAACCAGUGUGUGAUCAUCAGUGGUGAAAGUGGUGCUGGGAAGACUGUGGGAGCCAAGUACAUCAUGGGUUACAUCUCCAAAAUAUCAGGAGGCGGCCCCAAAGUGCAGCAUGUGAAGGACAUCAUUCUGCAGUCAAAUCCUCUCUUGGAGGCCUUUGGGAAUGCCAAGACAGUUCGGAACAACAAUUCCAGCAGAUUUGGGAAAUACUUUGAAAUCCAGUUUAGUCCAGGUGGGGAACCAGAUGGAGGCAAGAUAUCCAACUUCCUGCUGGAGAAAUCGCGGGUGGUCAUGCGGAAUCCUGGGGAGAGGAGCUUCCACAUUUUUUAUCAGCUGAUCGAAGGCGCUUCCAGUGAGCAGAAAUCCAGCCUAGGCGUCACUAGCAUGGACUAUUAUCACUACUUGAGUCUCUCAGGAUCCUAUAAAGUGGAAGACAUUAACGACAAAUUGGACUUCCAGGAAACUCUGCACGCCAUGAACGUGAUCGGCAUCUUUGCAGAGGAGCAGGCACUGGUGCUGCAGAUCGUGGCUGGGGUACUUCACUUGGGCAACAUCAGCUUCAAAGAAGUUGGCAAUUAUGCUGCGGUGGAGAGUGAGGAGUUCUUGGCAUUCCCUGCCUUCCUCCUGGGAAUUGACCAGGGCCGCCUCAAAGAGAAACUGACCAGCAGGCAGAUGGACAGCAAGUGGGGAGGCAAGUCGGAAUCCAUCAAUGUGACCCUCAACGUGGAGCAAGCCUGUUACACCAGGGACGCCUUGGCCAAAGCGCUUCAUGCCAGAGUCUUCGACUACUUAGUGGAUUCCAUUAAUAAAGCUAUGGAAAAAGAUCACGAAGAAUAUAAUAUUGGUGUCCUGGACAUCUAUGGCUUUGAAAUAUUUCAGAAAAACGGGUUUGAACAGUUUUGCAUCAAUUUUGUCAAUGAAAAGUUGCAGCAGAUCUUUAUUGAACUGACACUGAAGGCGGAGCAGGAAGAAUAUGUGCAAGAAGGAAUUCGCUGGACGGCCAUAGACUACUUCAACAAUAAAAUCGUGUGUGACCUCAUAGAGAAUAAAGUGAACCCGCCGGGCAUCCUGAGCAUCCUGGAUGACGUCUGCGCCACGAUGCACGCGGUGGGCGAGGGAGCCGACCAGACCCUGCUGCAGAAGCUCCAGAUGCAGAUCGGGACCCACGAGCACUUCAACAGCUGGAACCAGGGCUUCAUCAUCCACCAUUACGCGGGAAAGGUGUCCUAUGACAUGGAUGGAUUCUGCGAGAGGAAUCGAGAUGUCCUUUUCAUGGAUUUAAUUGAACUCAUGCAAAGCAGCGAACUGCCUUUUAUAAAGGCUCUGUUUCCCGAGAACUUCCAAGCUGAUAAGAAAGGCCGACCUACCACUGCUGGCAGCAAAAUCAAGAAACAAGCCAAUGACCUUGUUGGCACCCUGGUGAAAUGCACGCCCCACUACAUCCGUUGCAUCAAGCCAAAUGAAACGAAAAAGCCUCGAGACUGGGAGGAAAGCAGGGUAAAGCACCAAGUGGAAUAUCUUGGGCUCAAAGAAAAUAUUCGUGUACGGCGAGCCGGUUACGCUUAUAGGCGAGUGUUCCAAAAAUUUCUACAAAGGUAUGCCAUCCUGACCAACGCUACCUGGCCUUCCUGGAAAGGGGAUGAAAAGCAAGGUGUCCUUCACCUGCUCCACUCUGUAAAUAUGGACCCUGACCAAUACCAACUUGGGAGAACAAAAAUCUUCAUCAAAGCUCCAGAGUCUCUAUUUUUGCUGGAAGAGAUGAGAGAACGGAAGUAUGAUGGCUAUGCACGGGCAAUCCAGAAGGCAUGGCGGAAAUUCGUGGCCAGAAAAAAAUAUGUGCAGAUGAGAGAAGAAGCUUCCGACCUGCUGCUGAACAAGAAGGAGCGACGGCGGAACAGCAUCAACAGGAACUUUGUGGGGGACUACAUAGGCAUGGAGGACCAUCCAGAACUCCGGCAGUUUGUGGGCAAGCGGGAAAAGAUAGAUUUUGCCGACACCGUCACCAAAUACGACAGGAGGUUUAAGGGCAUCAAGCGAGACCUCAUUCUCUCUCCAAAGUGCGUGUACCUGAUCGGGCGUGAAAAAGUAAAGCAAGGCCCAGAGAAAGGCCUAGUGAAGGAGGUGCUCAAGCGACGGAUCGAGGUGGAGAGGAUCCUCUCCGUUUCUCUAAGCACGAUGCAGGAUGACCUCUUCAUCUUACAUGAGCAAGAAUAUGACAGUCUCCUCGAAUCAGUCUUCAAGACGGAGUUCCUAAGCCUCUUGUCGAAGCGCUACGAGGAGAAAACGCAAAGGAGGCUACCUCUGAAAUUUAGCAAUACGCUUGAAGUGAAGUUGAAGAAGGAGAACUGGGGGCCCUGGAAGGCCGGAGGAUCGCGCCAGGUGCAGUUCAGCCAAGGCCAGGGAGACGUGGCCAUUCUCAAGCCAAGUAAUAAAGUGCUGCAGGUCAGCAUUGGGCCUGGCCUCCCAAAGAACUCCCGCCCCACCAGAAGGAACGCGACCCAGAGCAGAGGCUAUUCCAACCGGACACAGGGCCAUACCUAUCCCCUGAGGGCUGCACCGCCUCCUCCGGGUCUUCAUCAGAACGGGGUGAUAAAAAUCCCGCACCACGCACAGCAGCCUCAAGGCCUAGCGAGCCAACGAGCCAGUCAGAAAAGCCUGUACACGACCAUGGCGUGCCCACCCUUGCCACAAGUCUCCAGCGGAUCGGAUAGAAUUUCCCAGCAGCCAGACAGCCUGGACUUCCUCAAAGUGCCGGACCAGGGUGCAGCUGGUGCUCGCAGGCAGACUACGAGCCGACCCCCGCCUGCUGGGGGCAGGCCCAAGCCUCAGCCAAAGCCAAAGCCUCAGGUACCUCAGUGCAGAGCGCUGUACGCCUACGAUGCUCAGGACACAGACGAACUCAGCUUUAAUGCCAAUGACCUUAUUGAUAUCGUCAAAGAAGAUCCCUCAGGCUGGUGGACAGGCAGGUUAAGAGGAAAACAAGGACUCUUUCCAAAUAAUUACGUGACCAAGGUGUAAUCCUGCAGGCUGAAUGGCCCUUCUCGAGCACCAAGUGCAGCGGAGAUGCUUUCUGACCAACGCAAUCUACUUGUAAAGCUACAGUUAGUUCUUUGCGGCGUCUGUAAUCCACGGCCGUCACUUCAUCAGUGAAGUUAAGAAGGUGGACGACGGGCACAAGAAAACCUCUGUUUAUUCUCCAAGAAGCCAAAGCGCAUGUGCCCCGCAGCCCCCCCCCCGAGAUACCAAAGGAAUUAUUUAUUUUAUUUAACGCUUUUUUUUCUCGCAUGAAGGAUGAGGAGCGUGUUUAAAUUCCAUUCCAUUCAUUUCUUAAAAUUCCGGAAACAGCAAGGUGCUUUGCGAGGACUUCGGAAGAGUUACACUUUUUCCCCCCCAAGUGCCUUCAGUUGCUCCGGUGACUCUCUCCUAAAUUAUAUAACACAGUAAUGGCAUUAUAUGCACAUUCCCUCUGUUGGUGACUCCGCAGAGGAGCACAGUAAUAAGUUAUGCUGCUACCUGCCUUAGAAAUGUAGGUUUUAAACAUUUUUAUUUCUGUUGGAAUCUUGUCACUUUCUCCCUGCCUCUCUCCCCCCCCCCCUUCCUCCCCCCACAUAUACUUUAAAGGCAUCUCAUCAGUCUUGUCCAGAUUUGCUUGUGAGCCACGGGGACUCCAAGAAGAUGGUGCGACCAAAGGAAGAGACAGUAUUGCAUGCUGUAAAUGGUUCACAUGGAUUAAUGUGGCUGGUCCAUGUUGAUUUUUUAAUUAUUGCUGUAUCUCUUGGGGAGGGCAUCUUCCCGGCCUCACCUCUCGCCCCCCGAGGAAACGGUAAACGAAAAUAAAAUCACAUAGCAACGUACUUCCAAAAAAAAAAAAAAAAAUCAAAUAAGAAGUAAGCCUAUAUGAAUGUACACAGCAGUAAUCCGCUGUACUUAUCCAUAAAGGUGGCUUGAUUAGCAUUUUGGGGCGAGGUACUUCUGCGUAUGCACUAUUAAGGGAUAAAGUCAGUGUUAAGAAAGCUUCAAUUAAGCCCAGCUGCCCCCCUCCUCAGUCACGGGAGUUGUUGCUUACCCACGGCACAUCCUCAAUUUAUCCGUUCUCUUCUCAACUGCCAUCAAUAAAAACAUA